CCUGGGGUACUUCUGAACUCCUCAUAUUGACAGAGGACCCCGUACACCAUAGACCUCAUGCUAUCAUCAGCCAUCUCCAUACACCAUGCCGCAAGAUAACAAGAAGAAAAAGGUGCUCUUGAUGGGCAAGUCUGGAAGCGGCAAGACGUCCAUGAGAUCCGUCAUCUUCUCGAACAUGAUCGCCAAGGAUACUUCCCGGUUAGGAGCGACGAUGGAUGUAGAGCAUAGUCAUGUGGUCUUUAUGGGCGGAUUAAAGUUGAACCUCUGGGAUUGCGGAGGUCAAGAGAAUUUCCUCGCCCAUUUCAUCAGUACCCAGAAAUCCGAAAUCUUCAAAAACGUCGCCGUCCUGAUCUACCGGACCGAGACCGAAUGGGAACGCGAUGUCAAGUACUUUGAAGAGUGCAUCGAAGCCCUCUAUUCCCUCGCCCAGGAAGAACAGACCGAGACCGACCCCUCGGCUCCGGUCGUACCCCCGAAAGUCUGGGUGCUGGUCAACAAGAUGGACAUUGUCGGGGACGGGGUGGCGAGCAAGAAGAUCAAGGUGUUCGAAGAGAAACGGGACGAGAUCGAGAGGAGGUGUGGGGCGGUGGGGAAGCGGUUCGGGAUGGAUGUGGGGAGGGGAAGGGGCGUGAGAUGUUUCGGGACGAGUAUCUGGGAUGAGAGUCUUUACAAGGCCUGGUCUUCGGUCAUUCACAACCUCAUCCCCAACGCCGCUCUGAUCAACUCUCACCUGACGCAUCUGCGGAACAUCUCUUCAUGCCUGGAAGCUGUGCUCUUUGAACGACAGACGUUCCUCGUGCUCGCCAAGAGCGGAUCCGGGUUGGACGCCGACCCAGAUUUGGACCCGGGCGCAAGUACCGGUACGAACAAGACUCUGGGGAAUACGGGCGCGGCAGAGGACGAGGAGAAGAACAAGGUCAAGGCCAAAGCGGUCAUGAUGGAUGUCGAGGGCUUGGACGAGGUCGAGGUCGCCAACGGGGCUAGGGGGUUGGAGAGGAAGCGGUUCGAGAAAAUCAGCGAAGUCGUCAAGGGAUUCAGGAGGACUUGUCAACGGAACAGCCAGCCGUUCAUCAACCUGGAAGCCAGGUUCGACAACGCUUCGAUCGGGUUGGACGUCUUGACGAGCAAUACCUAUCUCAUGCUCGUCAGCUCGGAACCCUGGGUCGAACCGAGCUUGUUGAUGUUCAACAUCGAACAGGCUAGACAACAUUUCGAGGAACUCACGGGGGAACAGGUCGAGAACCCUUGUCUGAUAUGUAAAUCUCACCCGGAGAGCAAGUAUCGGGUCGAGGAUUCGAUAGCGGAGAAACGGGAGGAAUGGGGUCAUGGCUAGAGCCGCGUGAGACGAAAGCCGACUGUAGUCGAUUCGAUGUGAUGUUUGGGGGAUGUUUUGUACUCAUACGGACUGUUCAGAUUCUCUCGGUUGUAUCGUAUGGUAUACCUCGUUACCUAUGUCUGCAAGUUGUGUUA